AUUCCUAAUCAAAUUAGGAAUAGAAAGUUAGGGAGUAUAUAAAAGGAUAGGAACGAGCCUCCAAAGUCCAAAUCGAUUGGGCGUGAUAAGCCAGCCAUGGAAGACAGGGUGGUGCGAUUGAGAGAAGCCAUUGCUGAGAGUGGUUCAAAAUCCGAUCACCCGAUUCUCUGCGAGUUCUGCUUCGGGGACAAUCCCCGCAUCACCGAGGCGCCUUACGAUUACUUUUGCAAAACGUGCGCGCGACCCUUCACGCGGUUCCGGUGGAGGCCGAGUCGGGACGGGAGGUACAAGAAGACGGAGGUCUGCAAGCCGUGCUGCGUGUCGGGAUUGGUCUGCCAAGGUUGCGGUGUUGAACUGUCGAGUUUGUCGCCGGAUCAAGUCCGAGAAACCACACCUCAUGUGGCUACGUAUGAUGAUGUCCUUGACCUUGGGAGCACGAGGAAUGGUGAAACCUGAUAAGCUUUUAGCUCCUUCGUUUGUUUAUGUUCUUUUUUUCCAGUUUUUAUUUCUGUACUUUGAAUGCCUUUCUUUUGCUAUUAUUGUUCUUAAUUUUAAUUUUAUAUUUUGAAUUGCGUAACAAAUGGAGGCUUAAUCU